GUAUUAUCUUUUGAUUUGUUGUGCAAAUCACUACCUACGUGUUCUCUUGUCCCAAAAUCUUGCAAACUUCCCAUCAUUUUCCUCUCUCAUUUUCUCUCUCUUUAAUAUCUGCUUUGCUUUGUCAGUAUUACAUCCAUUUAUAAGUCUCAUAUAUAUCCAUUUAAAGUUAUUUUAUCUCUGUAUAUUAAGUAGUGAUCGAUCAUCAUGUGUGGAAUCUUGGCUUUGUUGGGUUGUCCUGAUGAUUCUCAGGCCAAAAGGGUUCGAGUUCUUGAGCUCUCUCGCAGGUUGAAGCAUCGUGGACCAGAUUGGAGUGGGAUAUAUCAACAUGGGGACUUUUACUUGGCACAUCAACGUCUAGCCAUUAUCGACCCUGCUUCUGGUGAUCAACCUCUGUUUAACGAAGACAAAAAGAUUGUUGUUACUGUUAAUGGAGAGAUCUAUAAUCAUGAGCAGCUUCGUAAACUUAUGCCUAAUCACAAGUUCAGGACUGGAAGUGACUGUGAUGUUAUUGCUCAUCUUUACGAAGAAUAUGGAGAAAGUUUUGUGGACAUGCUGGAUGGUGUGUUCUCUUUCGUAUUGUUGGAUACGCGCGAUAACAGCUUUCUUGCUGCCCGUGAUGCCAUCGGAAUUACACCCCUCUAUAUUGGAUGGGGACUUGAUGGAUCUGUGUGGAUAUCAUCUGAGCUAAAGGGCUUGAACGAUGAUUGUGAAAAUUUUGAAGCUUUCCCUCCCGGACACUUGUACUCUAGCAAGAAUGGCGGGCUUCGUAGAUGGUACAAUCCCGCUUGGUUCUCCGAGGCUAUACCUUCCACUCCUUAUGAGCCUUUAGUCCUGAGGCGUGCCUUCGAAAAUGCUGUUAUCAAACGGUUGAUGACCGAUGUCCCCUUUGGGGUUCUGCUUUCGGGGGGACUUGAUUCGUCUUUGGUUGCUUCUGUCACUGCUCGAUACUUGGCUGGAACAAACGCUGCAAAGCAAUGGGGAGCACAACUUCAUUCCUUCUGUGUUGGUCUCGAGGGCUCACCAGAUCUCAAGGCUGCAAGAGAAGUUGCUGACUUUUUAGGAACUGUUCACCACGAGUUUCACUUCACUGUUCAGGACGGAAUUGAUGCUAUUGAAGAUGUUAUUUACCAUAUCGAGACAUAUGAUGUAACAACGAUAAGAGCAAGCACUCCUAUGUUCCUUAUGUCGCGUAAGAUCAAAUCACUCGGGGUGAAGAUGGUCAUAUCAGGUGAAGGUGCCGAUGAAAUUUUCGGUGGCUACUUGUACUUCCAUAAGGCUCCCAACAAGGAAGAAUUCCACAAGGAAACAUGUCGCAAGAUAAAAGCACUUCACCAAUAUGACUGCUUAAGAGCAAACAAGGCAACAUCAGCGUGGGGCUUAGAAGCUCGAGUACCAUUUUUGGAUAAAGAGUUCAUCAACGUUGCCAUGAGUAUCGAUCCUGAAUCCAAGAUGAUUAAACACGAUCAAGGUAGGAUCGAGAAAUGGGUUCUUAGGAAGGCGUUUGAUGAUGAGGAGCAUCCCUAUCUCCCAAAGCAUAUUCUGUACCGGCAGAAAGAACAAUUCAGUGAUGGCGUAGGCUAUAGUUGGAUUGAUGGGCUCAAAGCACACGCCGACCAACAUGUGACCGAUAGGAUGAUGCUUAAUGCUGCAAAUAUCUUCCCUCAUAACACUCCGACUACAAAGGAAGGAUACUAUUACAGGAUGAUUUUUGAGAGGUUCUUCCCACAGAACUCGGCAAGCCUAACUGUUCCUGGAGGACCAAGUAUAGCUUGCAGCACAGCUAAGGCUAUUGAGUGGGAUGCUUCUUGGUCGAACAAUCUUGAUCCUUCCGGUAGGGCUGCCAUCGGUGUACAUAACUCGGCUUAUGAUGAUCAUCUAUCGGGUAUUUCUAACGGAAAUUCGGACCCAACGAUCAUUGAUAAAGUGCCAAGGAUGGUAGGAGUGCGCACUGCUGCGGAGCUCACAAUAAGGAGCUAACACUAUGUUUGAAAUAUUAAGUAUUAUUAUUGUUAUUAUUAUUACUAUUAUUGUUAUUAUAGGAAGGAGCAGCAUGUCUUUUAGAUAAUUCUGCUGCAUAAAAUUAAAGAGCAUUUGGGUCAAUGUUAAACUAGAAUAAAAGAUCACAACCAUAUGGAGGUUUUAAAGAUCUUGAGUGAGCACCACUAAUGUUGCAAGUUGUGGGCUCUAGUUGAUUCCUAGUUGCUUCUUAUGUAUAAUUGUACUGUUUUUCAUUUUACCUUUGACUCUAUUUGCACUAUAUAGAAAGGUGAAAUAAUGUGGAUGGUAUGUAUUUGUAGAUAUAUAUAUCAGAAUGUCUUUGUGGA